UCCAGUCUGGCUUUCGUAAACCUCCUUUCCCUCUUUUCUUCCUCAAAGUAUAUCCGUAACGGCCGUGUCACGAAACCAGUGGAUGAAAUCUUUGGCAUACAUGCCCAGAGUGAGCAUUUCAAACGCUCCAAGCUAAAGGACUUGAUACCGCUGCCUGAGGAUCUGCAAUCAGAGAUUAUUCCAGGCGAGUGAGUUCGUGCGCUUCCAACUUGUCAAGUUGCCUUUCCUGAAAAUGCUCCCAAAUUUAAUGGUGUCUUUAAGCCUACCAACUCCAGUCUUGCAGACCUCAUCGAAGAGACGCUUGCACCACAGAUUGACCUCAUAGCCUCGGCCUCGUGGCACGAGGGCCCACCGUGCAGUCUUCUUUCUGCAGACCCAGAAACCGUGUGCAUUGCGUCCGACUUGCCUCCUUACUCCUCCAAUCCUCCCUCGGCACCGUUGUUGCUGCGGGUCUGUUCCUCGGAAUGUCAGCCAGCCGCCGACCAGCUUGAUUCCACUUCACCAUCGUCGCCGAAUGAUCCUAGUGGUACUCCAGCGUGCUCCAACAAAGUCGCCGUUGUUCAGCUCUCGAAACCACCGAGAGCUCAGUCAGACUGCAUCCUCCUCUACACAUUUGAUAGAACAGAGGACUUUGCCACCUGCCCACAGUCUGUUAUACGACUGAAUUUUGACCGCUUUGCGAACGACGACAAUCCCCAGAACAUCGCCUACCGCAUUCAGGACUUGCAGUUCUUCGGUCCUGAUAUCCUGGUCGUUUUGCUGUAUCGUGACUCCCUCCCGUCCGCCGACGACCCCAUCGCCUCACCCCCACCUUCCAGCCAGGCAAUUUCCAGGGGACUACAGUGGUUCAUUUUUCUGCCGCUGGACGAGGCGGUAAAAUGUGCUACAGGAACUCUCGAACUACUGGCAAACGCUCCUUUAUCGCUUGUUUUGCUUGCCUCCUACCUUAUCUUUACUCGUUUUAACGUCUACUGUGCACAUAGAACCAGGCGCUUUACCAUCACGUCAGAUGAGCAUGCAACACUGAUGAGAGCUGGCGUCUGA